AUGAAGUUAAUGAUAAUGGAUAAAAUCGGCUUAUCAUCCUUGAUGCCGAUUCCUAACGUUCACAGUUCUCUGGAUCAAUUGAUAAUAUUGAUUUUGUUAGUUUACUUGAUCAAUCAGAUCAGAUGGAAGCUUAAAGAAUACUCAAAUAAAACCAAGGCAAAAUCAUUAAAUAGUAGAAUAGCACCUUUAGUGACUUGUACAUUGCCAUUCGAUUUGAAAUUCUUAUAUUAUAAGGUGAAUGCACUCUUAAAAGGUGAUCCAUCAAGUUCAUUAGAUUACCUUAAUCCUUAUUCAAAACUAACUAAAGCUAUUAGAAUUAAUAUCUUUGGAACCGAAAUCAUUCAAACCUUUUCACAUUUGGAUGUUAAAUAUAUACUAUCUAACAAUUUCCAAAAUUGGGGCAAAUCAAAUAGUUUCAUAGAGGCUUUUUAUCCAUUGUUAGGUGAUGGUAUCCUUAAUUCUGAUCAAAGAUCACUUUGGUCUUGGCAUAGAAGAUUAAGUAGACCUCAUUUUACGAAACGAAGAAAUUCUGAUGUGGAUGCUUGUGAAGAACAUGUUUCUCGAUUGAUAAGUUGGAUUGAAUUUCAAAAUAUGUCAAAUCAUUCUGUUGAUAUUCAAGAUCUCUUUUCACGUUUAACCCUCACCAUUGCUACCCAACAUUUCUUUGGAUAUUGUUUGGACAUGCUCAAUGAUCUCUUACUGGAUAGACCUAUACAACAAGGUGCUAUAGAUGCAACAGCUUUCUCUAAUGACUUUGCUGACACUCAAACACGUUGUUUAUCAUGUAUAUUUGUACCGUUCAGAUUAUUUCGAAAGCUAUCACCUGAUCCAUCAACUAAGAGAGUCUUAGCAGCCGUAGAUGUAUUAAUAGAGAAUGUAGCCAAAGAGCGUAGUUUAUCGGAUGAUCAGCAAGAACCUGAAACCCUACUCGAUAGCAUACGUCGAUCAGGUUGCUCAGCGCACCUUAUUCGUCAUGAACUUCUCAAUUUAUUAAUUGCCGGAAGAGAUUCACUGGCUUCUUUACUUUCUAGUUGCAUUUAUGAAUUAGCUGGUCAGGAUGAGCUUUGGAAUCAACUUCAAUUAGAAUCUAGCCAUCUUGCUCAAAUGUCUGAAAUCUCUAUCGAUCAAAUCCAUCAAUGUGAAUUACUUAGAGCCGUGAUCAAUGAAACUUUAAGACUUCAUCCACCCGUUUGGUCUAACGUACGUCGUGUAUUUGAAGAUGAUGUAUUACCAUCGGGUAUAUUUGUUCCAGCUGGAACGGAUUGUCGAUUUAGUAUCAAAGAAUUCCAACGAGAUCCAGAAGUAUGGGGUAUGGAUGCAGAAGAAUUCGUACCGGAUCGUUGGUUAGAUGGUAGAAAAGCAUCACAAAGUAAAGAUCCAUCUAGUUUUCAACCAUUUAGUGGAGGUCCGAGACUUUGUCUUGGUCAACAAUUUGCUUAUACUGAAGUGUCUAUCACAUUGAUUAGAUUAAUUAAUCAAUUCUCUAAAGUUGAGUUAGCAGGCAAAUCAGCCGUUAGGGAAAAUAUCAAAGAAGUCCACUCUGUGACUUUGAGCUUUCAAGAUGGAUUAUGGGUCAAGUUUCAUCCAUUAAAGAUUUGA